AUGAAGUUCAUCAGGAAGUAUCAUAGGCAAUACUUUCCUUCUUGUUUGUCUCUUCAACAAAGGAGGAUGAAGCGUGGGAAAGGCGACAAAAAGGCAACAAAGAGCCGAGAUGGCAGUGGUCAAGUAGUUCCGCUCACUGAACCGGUGGUUGUAGCUACGGCUAUGGUUGGAACAAGAUCAUGGAUAGGAGGGCUCUUCACACGCUCCAAUAGACGUCAAGACAAGUUAAUUGACUACACUUUGUCUCCUCUUCAGGAGGAAAGACUUCAAAGGUUGCAAGAUCGUUUGCUUGUACCUUUCGACGAGACACGUCCUGAUCAUCAGGAAUCACUUAAAGCAUUGUGGAAUGCCGCAUUUCCGAAUGUUAGUCUCACAGGUUUAGUUACAGAACAAUGGAAAGAAAUGGGAUGGCAAGGUCCCAAUCCAUCUACCGAUUUCAGGGGUUGUGGAUUUAUCGCUCUAGAGAAUUUGCUAUUUUCCGCGAGAACUUAUCCGGUUUGUUUCCGGAGACUAUUACUCAAACAGAGAGGCGACCGGGCACAGUGGGAGUACCCUUUUGCGGUGGCCGGAAUCAACAUCUCCUUCAUGUUGAUCCAAAUGCUCGAUUUACAAAAUAAUCCAAAGCCGAAAUGUCUUCCAGGGGUGAAUUUCCUCAAACUAUUAGAGGAGGACGACAAGGCCUUCGAUGUACUAUAUUGUAUAGCUUUCGCGAUGAUGGAUGCUCAGUGGCUUGCGAUGCACGCUUCUUACAUGGAAUUCAAUGAAGUAUUACAAGCGACUCGGAAUCAGCUAGAGAGAGAGCUUUCUUUGGAUGAUAUUCAUCGGAUUCAAGAUCUUCCUGCUUAUAAUCUCUUGUUCCAAUAG